AUGACGUCUUCCUGCAAAGCAGUAGAUGCGUGGAUGCAACACCCGACGAAGCGCUUCAUGACGGAUGACAUCUUCACGUCGCUGCUGCGAUGGAAUCGCCUCGACCCUGCUCAGUUCCAGCAAGGACUUGUGGAGGCAGGCCUCAUUAGCGCGUGGUACAGUCCACAGGGGCCAAUGAUCUCCAACGAGGAUGUGCGGAACGCCUGUGAAGCCCACCCUGGUCGCUUCUUCGGUGUUGCUUCUGGAGACAUUCGCGAUCCCGUGCGUUGCGUGCAGGAGAUUCGAAAUUUUGCCAUCGGGCAGGUCAAAAAUCAUGGCUUCGUCGCUGUGCGAAUUUUGCCGUGGCUGUGGCAAAAGUAUGCCAAC